AUGAACUUUUUUUCAGAUACACCUUUCAUCGAGGUGCUCUGCGUGUUGAUUAUUCUAAAAAUGUAUGGCAAUAGACGUGAAACCAUCACAGCUCGAAUUGCGAAUAUGGCCGCAGUGUUGGUGAUAUUCGUGGACAGCAUUGUUACGAUGUUUGCUCAAAGAUCUCUGACGCGUUUUUUGAUUAUCAUAUGUUUACCUUUGCUUGUUUUGUUUGGUAUGGCUAAAAUUCUCAGACCUGAUUUACCUUCAGGUCUCCGAAGAAAUCCCAGCAAAGGCUUGAAGAAGUCGUUAGCCUUCUCAAUAGGUGCUAUAAUAGUGAAUAUUUUGUUAGCAGCUGCUUUCAUUUUGCCGGCUGAUCGAAUUCAACCUAACCAAAUUGUAACGGUGAUCUGUCUCACCAACACAUCCCUUUACUUUCUUUACUACAUUUUCGAGAAGCUGAGUCCUGCUCAAAGCCGUGCACAGAAUCGCCCGUGCAUUUUCCUAUCCUUCUUUGACUAUCACGAUCUCUGGCAUAUCACAUCCUCAUUAGCUUCGCUGGUAACAUUGAUGGCAGUAUCGACACUGGACGAUGCAGUGUCGUCUUUGCCUACGAACGAAUUGUCCGUAUUUUAG